AGCUGGAAGCCGACAGCCCCGUUUUGACUGGGCAUGGCACUAGCAAUGGCAAUGCCAAUGGCAGUUCCCUUCACCAACCCCACUGCCCACCCGUGCCAUUGACCUCCAUUUCUCUCUCCCUCUCCCUCUCCAAUGGCGUCGUGCCUAGCGCCUUCCCUCUUCCUGCGACGCCUCGCCGUCGCCGUCGCCGUCGCCGUCGCCGUCGCGGCGCUUCCGGUCAUCUCGUCCUCCUCCCCCGCCCCCGGACGCUACGACUCCAUCAUCAGCUUCGGCGACUCGCUCGCCGACACCGGGAACGAGCUCCACCUCUCCCGCUCCGAAGGCCGCCCGAACCAGGCCGGCUCCCUCCCCUACGGCGAGACCUACUUCCGCCGCCCCACCGGCCGCUUCUCCGACGGCCGCCUGGUCAUCGACUUCAUCGCUGAGUGGCUGGGGCUGCCGUUCGUGGCUCCCUACUACGGCGACGACGGCGGACGGAGCGCGGCGGAUUUCCGGAAGGGCGUGAACUUCGCGGUGGCCGGAGCGACGGCGCUCGACGCGAGCUUCUUCGAAGGGAGGGGUUGGGCAACGAUUUCCAAUAUUUCUCUGGGAGUUCAGCUGGGCCUCUUCAAGGAGCUUUUGCCUUCGGUAUGCAGCAUGUCUUCGGAUUGCAAACAGUUUCUUGGGAACUCUCUGGUUCUAAUGGGAGAGAUUGGUGGCAACGACUACAAUUAUCACUUCUUUGUGGGAAGAGAUCUGGAAGAGAUUCAGGGCAUUGUGCCCCUUGUCAUUGAGGGAUUGUUUCAGCUAUCAGAGUUGAUUGAUUUAGGCGCAGUGACGAUAUUGGUGCCGGGAAACUUUCCGAUCGGAUGCUUGCCCAUCUAUUUAACAGAAUUCCAGGGUUCAGACAUGGAAGUAUAUGAUUCGUCAACCGGCUGCCUUAAUUGGUUGAAUGAAUUCUCUCAGUAUCACAAUGAGCAGCUCCAGAGGAAGCUCAAUCAUCUACGAGAGCUUCAUCCCCGAGCAAAUAUUAUCUAUGUCGAUUACUACAAUGCUGCACUCCGCUUUUAUCAGUCACCAGAUAAAUUUGGGUUUGAUGGCAGAGUACUUAGAGCAUGCUGUGGAGGAGAAGGAACCUACAAUUACAACUUUUUGGAACCGUGCAAUUCCAAUGCGAGGGUAUGCGAUGACCCGUCCUCGUAUGCAAGCUGGGACGGUAUCCAUUUCACGGAAGCAGCAUACAGGUGGAUUUUCAAGGGCGUGGCGGACGGUUCGUUUACAGUACCUAAAUUGGACAUUUGUCCUGCACUAGCCUUGAAUGAACCUGCUUUAACCAGCUCUGAGUAACUAGCCUACUUGAAUUAAACUCCUAAUACUACCAAAAACAGGGAGAUAUAUGUAAAUUCGCCGAUUAACUUUAGAGAAUGCUAAUGCUCCAAGGGUUGAGAUCCUCUAAAAUUGUGAGAAUUCCUCACAGAAGCACUGUUUCUAAUAAUGUCAACCGUAUGGCAUUGCAUUUUGUUUAAGAAUUCCUCACAAAAGUAGACAGGCACCCAAGAGUUCUCAAGGCACUUAAUUCCCCCAAUUUGAUGGCAGGAGAGAUGGUCAGCCACAUGUUCAGGACAUGUCACUCUGAUUGCGAGAUCAUGAUUUCACCCACGCUCAAUCUCGUGCUCGCUCAAUGAGCACCUUUAUUGCUUAGAUGCUCUCCCUUUACACCCUUGAUCAA